UAGGCUUCCUUCCGGUUUGCUAAGCGGAGGCCGGAAGUGUUGGUUUUAGGGGGCUCUGGGAGUAGAAGAGUGCUGAUAGCGGCAGCGAGGGCAGCGAAGGGGUUACCGAAGUGCUGGGAUUCUUGCGGCUGUGCAGGGAUUUAACCACCACCAUGUCGAGCAAAAGGGCAAAGACCAAGACCACCAAGAAGCGCCCGCAGCGCGCAACAUCCAAUGUGUUUGCCAUGUUUGACCAGUCACAGAUUCAGGAAUUCAAAGAGGCCUUCAACAUGAUUGAUCAGAACAGAGAUGGUUUCAUUGACAAGGAAGAUUUGCAUGAUAUGCUUGCCUCCCUGGGGAAAAAUCCAACUGAUGAGUAUCUGGAUGCCAUGAUGAAUGAGGCUCCAGGGCCCAUAAAUUUCACCAUGUUUCUCACGAUGUUCGGUGAGAAGUUAAAUGGCACAGAUCCAGAAGAUGUCAUCAGAAAUGCUUUUGCUUGCUUUGAUGAAGAAGCAACUGGCACCAUCCAGGAAGACUACCUGAGAGAGCUGCUGACAACGAUGGGAGACCGGUUUACGGAUGAAGAGGUGGACGAGCUGUACAGAGAAGCGCCUAUCGACAAAAAGGGGAAUUUCAAUUACAUCGAGUUCACGCGCAUCCUUAAACAUGGAGCAAAAGACAAAGAUGAUUGAAAGAACUUCAAAUUCCAGCCAAACGUUCCUUGUUGCCACUUUGGGUAUUUCUGAGACGUUCUCUUAGAGUCUGUUGCAUGCCCUUAGCUUUGCAGCUUUUGCCUUUCUUGUAUUUAUUCUCAGCCAUUUUGGGCACAUGCAUCUCUAUAUUCAGACUGGAAAUGGGACUUUUUAUGAUUUUCAGAUAGAAAAUAGGGCAAUUUAACUUACCAGCCCCUCCCCCUCAAUAACUGCAGUCUACACAGAUUCAGUAUAUUUUUUCAGAGAAAGUUAUUCACUCAAUUUUUUCUGAACCAUAAUUAAACUUUAUGAUAAAAA